CACAAGUGCUUGUCAACAAACGUGUUAAGCAAAAUACACUUACAUGUGAAGAAGAAGAGAAAAGACUCUUACAUCUGAAAGUGAACCUCAACGAGAAAAUCUACCUGGUUGUUAAUUUACCUACGCUUGUAAUGUCUAAAUGGGAAUUUAUGUGGGAGUGAGUAUUUUUUCAAUGAUACGCUUGACUUUGUAGAAGCAAAUUGAAGAUCGUGCAGGACAAGAUGGAGCAAUGGAUUGCCCUACUCUGUACCCUUACCCUGAUUUGUCAUCCCCGGUCAGCUUCCACACAGGGCCUUGCUGCAGGUUCAGGGGUAUCAUGUGAGACAGAAGGAGAAGAAGUGAAGGUCCCGGGAAUCACAGAUGGAUGUAUCAGAUGUCGCUGUGAGAACAAGGAAGUGAAAUGUGAAAGGAAAUCUUGUCCAAGCCUGGAAGGAUGUUACGCCAUUUUGUUUGAUGGCCCUUCCGGAAAUUGUUGUGAAGUGUGUCAAGGUUGUCGAUUUAAUAAUCGAACGAUGGCGAGUGGAGAAACAUGGGUGGAUCCAGAUAACAAAUGCUCAUCUUUGACAUGCAGGGCAGGUACUCUGACCAGGAGUCGUACCGAGUGUUACACGCCCUGUAAGAACCCAGUCUUCGUGCCCGGCAAAUGUUGUCCUAUCUGUCGAGGUUGUCAAAUAGAAGGAAGAACUUUCAAAGAGGGCGACAAAUUUGUCAGUCAGAAAGACAAAUGCGCCAACUGUGAAUGCAAGGAUGGAACUGUGACAUGCCGAAAGCGUGCAUGCCCAGUGUUGGAUUGUCCUGCUGACGUCAUUUACACACCGGAAGGAGAAUGCUGUCCAAAAUGCAAAGGAAUGAGGCAUGUGUUUCUUCCCAGCGGACUUUGCCUGUUUCGAAAGAAGGUUUACGGACACGGCAAAACCAUCCGACCAGACCAGUGCACCAAAUGCAUCUGCCAGAAAGGAACCGUUGUGUGCGACCGAGAGACCUGUCCAGUCCUCACGUGCCCGAAAACGGAAGCCAUCCAACCGGAAGGGUCCUGUUGCCUGAGAUGCCCAGAGAAACCUCGGCUGAAUUGCACUUCCGGGUCAAAGGUUUACCAGCAUGGAGAACGCUGGAACGUGGAUGUCUGUACUGAGUGUAGAUGUGACGACGGUUCGCUUAGGUGCCGUGUGCAAGAGUGCAACAACGCAUUGGGCUGUCCAAAGGGUUACAAGCUGAAGUUCACACCUGGCGUCUGCUGUCCCCAAUGUGUCGAAGUUGAUGCCGUAUGCAGUGUGUUCGGUGAUCCUCACUACAGAACUUUCGACAACCACGUGUACAACUUCCAAGGAACGUGCAAGUACCUGUUGGCCCAGGAUUGCGUCGGCAAGAUGUUCUCAAUCAGGGUCCGCAACAACGCCAGGCGCUCCAACGACUUCGCCUGGACCCAGAUGAUUACGAUUGACGUGGACAACCGGCGGAUUAGUCUGCACCAGUACCUGGAGGUGAAAGUGGAUCGACGUACCGUCAGUCUUCCCCACAAGGAUCCACGGCUUUUCAGCAUCCGCCUCCAGGGACAUUCUAUUGUUGUCAAGCUCAACAUGGGUGUCGAACUCACCUGGGACGGAGACAGUUUUCUCGAGGUCAAAGUAGCGAGUACGUUCAAGAACCGCAUGUGUGGACUGUGUGGAAACUACAAUGGAGUGGCCGAUGACGAUCUGACGGGAAAAGACGGAAAACGAUACCAGAUGGCGGAGGACUUCGGUAAAACCUGGAGGGUUGGAAGCAGCUCUGCAUGCGACAAAAAGGCCACUCCAAGGAAAAUGGCGUCCCCGUGUACCAAGGAUUUCAGAGCGAGGCUGGCGGCUCAUCUGACAUGUGAUAUUCUCCACCAGUCAGUGUUCGCCGAGUGCCGGCGGAAGGUCAAGGUGGCGCCAUAUUUUAGGUCUUGCAUGACGGACGUUUGUGAUUGUCCCGAAAAUAAGAAGUGCAUCUGUGAAGUGCUGAACGCUUACUCACGCGCCUGCGAACGAGCUGGAGUUCCAGUCAAGUGGAAACACCGUCUGCCUCAAUGCGAUGUACCCACCUGCCCCAAAGGAGCUGUGUACGAGAGCUGUGGCUCGGCCUGUACGAAAACGUGCGAGAACUACAAGGAUAAGACGCCCUGCACGAAACCGUGCGUGCCCGGAUGUCAGUGCCCCGCCGGCAAGGUGCUGCACAAGAACAAAUGUGUACGGCCUAAACGUUGUCCGAGAUAA